UAACUACCUGUGCGAUCUGGUAGAUUAGUCUUUAUGGAAGCAUGUGAUGUUCUGGAUGACGGGGAUUUUAUAGAAUCGGAUGAUUUGGGGCUUGGAUUUGGCUUCAAACCGGGUGGUUUGCCGCCACUUCCCGUCAAAUCAGCUGAUGAAGGACUUGAAAACACGGUCAAAACACCACAAUCUUUACCCAGUACACCAAGCCCUGAUACUACAGAAAAACCAUUUAUACACGAGGAACAAGCUGUUAAAGAUAUCCUCUCUCGGUUGAGUUCGUGGUCUUUCUCAAACUUAAUCGAAAAAAUUACUUCACGGAGUCGAGAUUCGCUAAAGAAAAAAGAAAACGUCCAAGGUAAGAUUGCUGCUGGUGGCACUAUUCAUUCUUCCUGUAAGAAAUGUCAAACAUCCGGCCACAGUUGGAAAGGAAGACGAAGAAGAAACAGUGAUAGUGCAUUGGAUGAUGUUAGUAAAGGAAAUAAAGACACCUUACGAAGAACCAUGUCAGUUCGUGAGAAAACAUGGAACUAUUUUCAAGAUCAUGAUUAUAAACAUUUACAGAAUAAACUACAGAAGGCAAAAGAGGAAAUAUCAGUGCUCAGCAAAAACCUUGAGCUUUGCCAGAAAGAACUGAUUAACAAAUAUGGUGCUAUGAAAGAAAUCCACAUGCGGUCUCGGCUUGAACAAGCACAGAAUAGAAAGAUGACAAAGAARGCCCUUGAAGCAAGCAAACAGCUCGAACAAGAUGUUAACUUGCUACAAUGGGAGUUGGAAUUAAAACAGAGUUACCUUAUGGACAGUGAACAAACAUGGGCACAAAGGUUUGACCGGGUGGCAACAGAAAAUGCAGCUCUUCUUGUUGCACUGCAUGCAAGAUCUGAUGAACUCAGGAAGCUKGCACUUGAUAGGAUAGCAUUGAUACGUGAGCGUGAUGAACUGGCUGCAGCGCUAGAGGUCAAAGACAGAAUCACAGGGGAGUCAGAGACACCAAACGAACAAGGACCGUUUUCAAGUGAAGAAAUUAUUGUUGAGCUGGCAACUCUUGGUGCAUGUCAGUGCCGAGGUCACAACCAGGAGCCUUGUGGAUGUGCAAGAGCUGCUGUAGAAGCCAAGAGAGAGUUUGCAAGACUGAAAAAGCAGUUGGAAGUGUCUCGUGAUAGCGAAGAUGAAGCUCGCCUUACUGCUGACGCGUAUCGAAUGGCUUUUGACCAACAACUAAACAAGAACUCGUCCAUUAUCAAUGAAUUAUUGCACAAGUCUAUGCCAUGGAGUAAAACACUGUUGCUACCGAAAAAGAAACAACUCGAAUCAAAAUCCAACUCGAUGGACAGCAACGAGGAGGAAUUCAUAAAGUUAAUGAGAACACGUGAUGACAGACUUGUUCAAAGAUUGGUGGACAUGCUGAGUGACAAAAUGGAAGCACUUGCACAUCAGAAAAUGGCAACCAAAAUGCUCGCAAGCAAGAUACGUGACCAAGAACGAGUUAUCCAGAGAUAUCGUCUGUCAGAGGAAAUGAAACUACUCUCGUCAGAAGAUUUCAGUGAACAUGACRUCUAUGAACCAGAGGCUCCUGUUACUGUAUAGAUGAGCCACAAGAAGUCUUCCACAAGAAGUGAAGUUUCUGUCAUCACAGGAUGUGUCUGUGUAGACCUGCCAUGCUACUAUAAGCGCGCGCCAUAACCCUUCAGCUGAGUAAUACUACGAUCUUUACCAAUGUUAUCUAUUGGCUUUGAUUCUGUAAAGCUCAGCCACCUGAUAAGUACUACAGCUAUCAUGACGUGCUGCGACAUCGACMAAAAUAGGUUUUUCUUGUUGACAAAAUAUUUUUUGUAUAUCAAUGUUCAGGAUUACUUAAAUAUUGACGGGGUUAAAGUUACGGACACGMGGUGCAACAUGGAGCGGAAUGUUGCAGGCAAUCGAUGUUGCUAGCCAUGUCACAUGACGCAUUUUGCAGGCAAUGUUGCCGAAGAAAAUGAUCCUUAUUCAGGAGCACUGCCUACAAUAUUGCGCGCAAUGUUCCACCCUGUAUCCACACCUUUGGGGUCGUAUAAAGAGUCAUUGUAUCAAUCUAUAGUAAACUUGAUCCAGAUUUUCAA